CUGAGAUUGACAAAUCACAUGCAAUACUUUGAGUAUUUGUGCUGCGCAUGCUUGAAAAAUGAUGAAUGGAAGUCAGGAUCCAGGAUUACCAGACGUGCUGCACAUAGUUGGUCGCUCACAUGGGCGAGAGAAUAGCGACAUCUGCGGUAAGUACUUGCGUGGUGGCACUGUGUAUGGUCGAGCCGUCUAUCGACAACGGGGAUCCACAACGGUUAUCAGAUACUGGCGCCGUGCCUUCACAGGGUCCCCGUGCUUGACAAGAGAGCUCGUUUGUAGGCCACCGCAGAGACGGUGGGUGAUAGACAGAGAAGGAUUGCGCGAGUCGGACGUGUGUGCAGCCUUUGCUGCUGACUCCAGAGAUCUUCCCCAUCCUGCGCAUCCAGAAUUAAUUUGGUGCGUGUGGGAGUCCAGGAUGCAAGGCCAUGUUGCCGACACAGAGGUGAUCGCUGUCUCAGCACCGCGCACCGUCACAAUUGUGGGAAGAGCCGCAGGAGCGACUGACGUCAUCAACGGCCGGUACGACUUGGCCAGUGUCUGCCACGGCAGGCCUGCAUAUGUCCAUUCCAGAGGUGAUCUUUGCAUUCGCUACCUGAAAGAGGAACAUCGCUGGAUCAUUGCAUGCUUGGGCCAGGACAAUGGCUGUGUAGCCUUUGCGGAGGCUGGUCACUUUCAACAUCCUGGCCACAUAGAGCUUGAGUGGAUGCUGUGGGAGGCUGGUCGAGGCAUGUUUUGUGCUGAUCCUGGGAUGAGGGCCUUGGUAGCACCAACAGUGGUGCGCAUGGCUGGGCGGCGAGCAGAGGCAGAGAACGCGCGCAUCAACGGGUCCUACACACUCGCGGGUAUUAUGGAAGGGCGACCGGCAUAUGUCCAACCAGGUACGCACCACCUGAUCCGCUACUCUUCUCGCACAGACCGUUGGUUGCUGGACACCGAUGGCCUUGUAGAGCCAAGCUUGGCUUCACGCCUGUACUACUGGAUCUUCCGUGGCGAUCUCAACGCUGCUGGCGAACGCUGUGCAGCCUUUUCUGAAGCUUCGGGCUCUGAGCAUCCUGGCUCAUCGGAUUUGGACUGGUUCGUGUGGGAGUCCAGACGUGGUAACUUCCUUCUGGAUCAAGGAGUAUGUUGCACAACCGCUCCGCCUUCCUUGCAGGUUUCUGGGCGAGCUGGCUGGCGCGAGAAUGAGUUCAUUAACGGUGAGUACGCCCUUGCCGGAACCUACCUGGGUCGCGUGUAUUACCAAAAGCCUGGGACCCACAUCGUCAUUCGAUUCUGGCCACCAAGGAGCUGCUGGCUCAUCGAUGGUUUGGGCUUGCAGCCGUCAGACGCUUGCUCGGCCUUUGCAGAUUGUCUUGCGGACAGCGAGUCUCCAGCUGAUGUUUGCUCAUCCUGGUUAGUGUAUGAAGCAACGCGCGGCUCUCACCUCGCGGAUCCCUGUGUUGCUGUCUCGCCAUCAGGGGAUGAUGGAUCUGCGCAAAUGGAUGAGCAGAUGCUCUGCUCGAGCAUGUGUG